CUUUACUCGCCAUUUUCCCCAUCUUCUGAAGCCAGAAUCGGUCCGUUCUGGUGUCACGGUGUCAUUCAGCACUGUCAGGUCAUAAAUUAAUCGCCUCCCAAGACGGACUGAGCUCUUUAUAGAGUCUUAAAUAGGUUUGCUUCCGCUAGAGCUCCAACAAACAUGAACAUUUUCAGGCUAACCGGCGAUCUCUCCCACCUAGCAGCCAUCAUCAUCCUGCUGCUAAAAAUAUGGAAAAGCAGGUCUUGUGCCGGUAUCUCUGGAAAGAGUCAGGUCCUGUUUGCGUUGGUGUUCACCACUCGUUACCUGGACCUGCUCACCUCCUUCAUCUCUCUCUACAACACCACCAUGAAGAUCAUCUACAUCGGGUGUGCGUAUGCCACUGUUUACCUGAUCUACGUUAAGUUCAAGGCCACUUAUGAUGGGAACCACGACACGUUCAGGGUGGAGUUCCUGGUUGUCCCUGUUGGUGGCCUGGCUUUCUUGGUUAACCACGACUUCUCUCCCCUGGAGAUCUUGUGGACAUUCUCCAUCUACUUGGAGUCAGUGGCCAUCCUGCCCCAGCUUUUCAUGAUAAGCAAGACAGGCGAGGCCGAGACCAUCACCACCCACUACCUGUUCUUCCUGGGACUCUACAGAGCCCUCUACCUCAUCAACUGGAUAUGGAGGUUCUACUUUGAGGGAUUCUUUGACAUGAUCGCCAUCGUUGCUGGAGUGGUGCAGACCAUCCUCUAUUGCGACUUCUUCUAUUUGUAUGUAACAAAAGUACUGAAAGGAAAGAAGCUGAGUCUGCCAGCCUAAGAGCAAAAGAGGAGUUUUUUGGCAGACUCAAAGCGGGGGAUCGGAGGGGAGGUGGAGCGUUGGUGGACACCUCUGAUGACCCCCCCACCACCACCACCAACACCACCACCACCACCACACCCUACCCUCCCACCACCACCACCACUUCCUCCUCUUCCUCUCCCGCCAGCGUAAGAUGCCUGAGACAGAGAGCGAGCGCAAGCUGCUGACUGCACCUUCUUCUGAUCCAGAAUCAGUGGAAUCAGAUCACCUGCAGAGGCUGGUCCGUGGCCUUCGGAUUUCUGUUUGAUGCAUCUUGCCUUAACUGUUUUUUAUUAUUCUGUAUAAAGGAAGAAAAAAAAAAGCAAGAAAAGUUUUCUACAUAAAAAUGUGUACUCUGAAGAUUCGACACAUUGGUGAAUAACAGCUGAAGAUAUAAAAUUGCCUGUGAUUUGGCAUUGUACGAUACUGAAGCGGACUUCUUGUGGUGGGAUAUUAAUGACUCGAGCGUUUGUAAAAGUAUUUGCGAUGAAAAUAAAUGUGCAUUGUUUUUCCUGAAUUCAUUUGGGGAGGAAUUUGUUGAAACCUCAUAACUUUGGUGGGCAAGUCAUUUAUGUUUGGCUCAUCUGUUUCUGGCAGUAUGCAUUCCAAUGUAUGAAGGUUCUUUUUUUUUUUUUUUUCAGUUUCCCACGCCCUUGGUAGGAAAUAAAUCUUAAGAUAGAUGCCAUAAUCUAAGGUUCUCUUUUCUGAAAGGACUGAUUUGGAAAAAACACAAAUGAAAGCAAAGGCUUGAAAGGAUGCCAAUCAACUCUCAUCACUGUAAAUGGCUUUCUUCAUUUGUAUACCCCAUUCAUUGCCCAGCCAGGAUAUCACCUGUAAUUAUACUUCAUUGCCCGGCCCAUUUAUUUCAGAUGGUUAAAUAUUUGAGAAAUUCACUGGUAAUGUGCUGUAUGUGAAGUGUCACUACAGAAAUGGAAUUUUUUUUUCUUUUAGGUGCAGAUGUAUUUAUUUUUUAUCUUCCUGGUUUCCAAUAAAACAGAGUCCGUAGAAUUGUC